AUGGAGGAACCAAAAGUUGAAUUGGAUGAUCUGGAAGUUAAUUAGGAACGAUUAAAAUAAAACACAAAUCAACUUAAAAACCUCAGAGUGUAUGGAUCAUUGAAUGCUGGUAUGAUAGCAGGUAUAUUGGGAAUGGACGGAUGGAUUGGCAUGGGAAUUUAUGUUGUGGUAUUCUUGAUUGUGAGUGCUUGCUUAGCAAUUAAAAUGAAUUUCAGAGUCAAAGAGUACUUCAAAUCAAGUUAUGAUGCAUACUAUUCAGGAAUCGGAACAGAUUUGUUAUUAUUCUUAAUGAUUUGGGUUAUUUUCCAUAACAUCGUCAAUAUAUUAUGA